CCCAUCGCUAUCUCAUAAAAACACGCCGCGCCACCUCCGCCACCCCACCACUCCCCUCGUCUUCCAUGUCGCGCACGCGCCGCGGCUCCUGAGACGCCUGGCGCGGCGGGGGCGAAGGGAGGCAAGACCAAGAACCGAGUCACCGGGGGGAGAAGAAAUAUUCGCUUCGUUGCUUGUGCUGUUAGUUUCCGCUAUUGGCUUCUUUCCUCGUUUCUGUUUCGGAGGGAGGCGGCAAUGGUGGGCUCGCCGGUGAAGCGCCUGGCGCGCCGGGUUGUCAAGGGGCGGUUGGAGAAGUCGGGCAUGGCGGGUCUCGCUGCGGUGGCCGCCGCCGCGCUUCUGCUGCUCCUAUGCGCCGCCUCGCUCCGCUGCUCGGUCUACUUCGGCUCCGCGCUGUCGGCGGCGCCCAAGAAGCGCUGGACCGGCGGGGUCUCCAUCGCGACCGAGGCUUCGGCGGCGCGCGGGAAGGUGGCGGCGGGGAAGGAGGAGUGCGACCUGUUCGACGGCGAAUGGGUGUGGGACGACGGCUCCCCGCUGUACGACUCCCGGGACUGCCCCUUCCUGGACGUCGGGUUCCGGUGCUCUGAGAACGGCCGCCCCGACGCGUCCUACACCAAGUGGCGGUGGCAGCCGUCGCGCUGCGAUCUCCCAAGAUUUGAUGCCGAAAGUAUGCUGGAGAAGCUACGAAACAGAAGAGUAGUAUUCGUUGGUGAUUCAAUUGGAAGGAACCAAUGGGAGUCUCUACUUUGUAUGCUCUCUGCUGCUGUUCUAAACAAGAGCUCCAUCUAUGAAGUUAAUGGGAGUCCCAUCACAAAGCACAUGGGUUUCUUGAUUUUCAACUUUAGAGACUACAAUUGCACUGUGGAAUACUACAGAUCUCCUUUUAUAGUCCUUCAAGGUCGUGCGCCAGCUGGAGCCCCCAAGAUUGUUAAGUACACAAUUCGGGUGGAUGCCAUGGAUUGGAUGUCUGACCGGGGUAAGUGGAAGGAUGCUGAUGUAUUGAUCUUCAACACUGGGCACUGGUGGAACAAUGAGAAAACAAUCAGGGGGGGUGCCUACUUCCAAGAAGGAGAUGAAGUGAAAAUGGAGAUGACUGUUGCAGAUGCUUUCCGAAGAUCAAUACAGACAUUGUCUGAUUGGCUUCACAAAGAAGUUGACACAAGCAAGACCCAUGUCAUCUACCGUACAUAUGCUCCUGUGCAUUUCAGAGGUGGUGACUGGAACACUGGUGGGAGCUGUCACUUAGAAACUCUUCCGGAUGUGGCGCCACUCAAGUCGCUGGAAGAAUGGGCUGACAUGCUUAAACCCGUGAAUGAUUUUCUCGGGAAUAAUCUCAGACCUAAGCUUGAUGGGUUAGACAUGCUGAACGUGACACAGAUGACAGCUCAGCGAAAAGACGGGCACCUCUCAUUAUACCUAAGCCCUUCAGGACCUGUCUCUCGCUACAAACAGGAUUGCAGCCACUGGUGCCUACCUGGAGUCCCUGAUACCUGGAAUGAGCUUCUCUAUGCCCUCGUCAUGAAAAGACAUAAGCGGAUGGAUCAAAAUGUUCCCCUUGCUGGCACUGAAACGCUGAACACUGGCUGAUAAAAUACAAGGGGUGAGCUAGGAAAUGAUGUAUUGGUGAAGACUCAAGAUAGAGGUGUAUCCAGCAGCAGCUCGUCAUGACAAAGCAAGCUCAUGGUCAUCCUGGGCGAUGACGCUGCUGAUGACAUACCAAUUAGAAUGCCAGAAUGGCGAGACACAUGUUUGAAUCAUGGGUGUCGGUUUGCAGGAAGCUGCACCACCCUGACGUGUCUGUUACAUAUGCUGAGGUUAGUGAAUAGCUAAGGUAGAAGUAGUUUAGCGUAUAGU